CGACUGCGCCUGCGCGGACUGCGGCAGAGGGCGGGGUGUGAGUAGCAGAGUACACUGAGACUGGCGUUCGCUGUUGGCCGGUACCUGCGUUCUUUUCCUCCACCUCUCAUUUCAGCUCCAGCAAGUUGCUUGGAACUUUCUUUCUGGCAGCAGCAGCAACAGCAUUACCGUUAGCGGCAGUUUUGUGCUGAGGCACCUGCACGCCUCCUGUCCUCUUUCUGCCAGAUCGCGGGCCUGUCGGUGUCUACUCCCACACGCCGGUCGACAGGACCAUGUCGCUGGUAAGCCAGAAUUCGCGCCGCUGCCGCGGUGCAACGGCCACUGAGCACAACGGCAGCAGCUGGGGUGAAAUUCAGGCCCCUAACGCCUCCGGUUUCCCCGCUGCUGUGCCAGACCCAGACGCCCCCCAGGAUCACAGCGAUCCCCAGAUACUCCAGGGCCUCUGCGCCUCUGAGGGCCCAAGUGCGUCCGUGCUGCCCACCCCCGGUGAGGGCCCAAGCACCUCUGGGCCGCCCACUAUCUCUGAGGGCUCAAGCGCCUACAGGCAGCCUACCAUAUCUGAGGGACCGAGCACCUCUGUGCUGCCCACCCCCGGGGAGGGCCCGAGCACCUCCGGGCCUCCCACCGUCUCUAAGGGGCCGAACACCUCCGUGCUGCUCACUGCCUCUGAGCGCCGCAGCGCCUCCGGGCCGCCCACUUCCUCUGAGAAACCGAGCGCCUCCAUGCCACCCAACCCCGGUGAGGGUCCGAGCACCACCGUGCAGCCCACCGCCUUUGAGGGAGCAAGCACUUCCAUGCCUUCUACCCCUGGCGAGGGCCCGAGCACCUCCGUGCCGCCCACCGCCUCUGCGGGACCGGGCACCUCCGUGCCGCCCCCCCUGGGUGAAGGCCCGAGCACCUCCGUGCCGUCCAGCGCCUCUGAAGGAUCAGGCACGUCCGUGCCGCCCCCCCUGGGGGAGCGCCCGAGCACCUCCGUGCCACCCUCUCUGGAGGAGGGCCUGAGCACCUCCGUGCCACCUCCCUUGGGUGAAGGCCCGAGCACCUCCGUGCCACCGCCCCUGGGGGAGGGCCCGAGCACCUCCGUGCCGUCCAGCGCCUCUGAAGGAUCAGGCACCUCCGUGCCACCUCCCUUGGGUGAAGGCCCGAGCACCUCCGUGCCACCGCCCCUGGGGGAGGGCCCGAGCACCUCCAUGCUGUCCAGCGCCUCUGAAGGAUCAGGCAUCUCCGUGCCACCCCCCAUGGGUGAGGGCCCGAGCACCUCCGUGCCGCCCACCGCCUCUGAAGGAUCAGGCAUCUCCGUGCCACCCCCCAUGAGUGAGGGCCCGAGCACCUCCGUGCCGCCCACCGCCUCUGAGGGAUCAGGCAUCUCCGUGCCGCCCCCCCUGAGGGAGGGCCCGAGCACCUCUGUGGCACCCCCUGUGGAGGAGGGACUGAGCACCUCCGUGCCACCUCCCCUGGGUGAAGGCCCAAGCACCUCCGUGCCGUCCAGCGCCUCUGGAGGAUCAGGCAUCUCCGUGCUACCCCCCCUGGGUGAGGGCCCGAGCAUCUCCGUGCCACCCCCUCUGGGGGAGGGUCCGAGCACCUCCGUGCCGCCCCCCCUGGGGGAGGGCCCGAGCACCUCCGUGCUGCCCCCCCUGGGGGAGGGCCCGAGCACCUCCGUGCUGCCCACCUCUUCUAAGGGUUCAAGCACCUCCAUGCUGCCAGCCCGAGCUCAGGGACUGAGCGCUUUCAUGCUGCCCACAGCCUGUGAGAAACCGAGCAACUCCGUGCCACCCAUCCCUCCUGAGGGACACAGCACAUUGUUGAGCUCGGGCGCUUUUGCAGGCCGGAAGCCCUCCAAGUGCUCCAGUGUUUUGCCAAACCGUAGCAUGGCCAAGGCCUCCGCGGACUCGGACUCUGAGGGCCCUAAGGGUGCGGAAGGUCCCUUGGAAUUCCAGGUCCUGAGAGACCGUGAAAGCCCCAACUCCAUUACCAUUAUGGGCCUCAGUACUUCCCGGGUUGCCAUUACCCUGAAGCCCCAGGACCCUAUGGAACAGAAUGUAGCCGAUUUGUUGCAGUUUCUCCUGGUGAAGGAUCAAAGCAAGUACCCUAUCCGAGUGUCUGAAAUGCGUCAACAUAUUGCUAAAGAAUAUCGCAGUCAGUUCCCUGAGAUCCUUAGACGAGCAGCAGCUCAGUUGGAAUGCAUUUUUAGGUUUGAAUUGAGGGAACUUGACCCUGAAGCACGCACCUACAUUCUGCUCAACAAACUGGGACCUGUGCCCUUUGAAGGGUUAGAAGAGAGCCCAAAUGGACCAAAGAUGGGUCUCCUUAUGAUGAUUCUGGGGCAGAUACUCCUGAGUGGCAACCAAGCCAAGGAGGCUGAGAUUUGGGAAAUGCUCUGGAGGAUGGGAGUGCAGCGGGAGAGGAGGCUUUCCAUUUUUGGGAACCCAAAGAGACUUCUCUCUGUAGAGUUUGUAUGGCAGCGCUACUUGGACUACAGGCCACUAACUGACUGUGAUCCAGUGGAGUAUGAGUUUUACUGGGGCCCACGAUCCCACCUAGAAACCACCAAGAUGAAAAUUCUGAAGUUCAUGGCUAGGAUCUAUAACAAAGAUCCGAUGGACUGGCCAGAGCAAUACAAUGAGGCUCUGGAAGAAGAUGCUGCUAGAGCCGUGGCUGACGGUUGGCAGGCUCUCCCUCACUUUAGAAGGCCCUUUUUCGAGGAAGUUGUUGCAGACAUGCCAUUCCUAGAUUCAGAGGCUUCCAACUAUUCCUCAAAAUAUCCCCCACAUUCGUGGCCUGAGUCAAGAUUGGAGAGCAAGGCAAGGAAGUUGGUGCAGUUAUUUCUACUUAUGGAUUCAACUAAGCUGCCUAUACCAAAGAAAGGAAUUCUGUACUACAUUGGCCGAGAAUGCAGCAAAGUGUUCCCUGACCUCCUGAAUCGUGCUGCCCGCACCUUGAACCUUGUCUAUGGGACAGAGCUAGUGGUACUUGAUCCCAGGAACCACUCCUAUACCCUGUACAACCGAAGAGAAAUGGAAGACACUGAAGAGAUUAUGGACAGUCCAAAUAGGCCUGGCAACAACUUCUUGAUGCAGGUCCUAAGCUUCAUCUUUAUAACGGGCAACCAUGCCAGGGAGUCCGCAGUCUGGGCCUUUCUGCGGGGCUUAGGGGUUCAAUCUGGGAGAAAGCAUGUGAUUACCUGUAGGUAUUUGAGUCAGCGCUAUAUAGACAGUUUACGGGUUCCCGAUACCGAUCCAGUGCAAUAUGAGUUUGUAUGGGGCCCUAGAGCCCGCUUGGAAACCUCCAAGAUGAAAGCCCUGCGAUAUGUGGCCAGAAUCCACAGAAGGGAUCCACAGGACUGGCCAGAGCAGUACAGGGAGGCAAUGGAGGAUGAGGCCAAUAGAGCUGAUGUUGGGCACAGGCAAUUCUUUGUUCACAACUUCUGAGAGCAAUGCAUGGCAGUCAGAGGGGCCUUACAAGGCCAGGCCCCAAAGCCCUGGGUCUCACUUAUUGGGGGGUAUUGUAUUUGGUGUUUGUGUUCC